AUGACAUGCUUCUCUCUCUCUCUCUCUCUCUCUCUCUCUCUCUCUCUAUACUUUGUUUUCCAUUGCAAGGGACAGGUGUUCUCAUGUCUCUGCUAUCUAUCUAUCUAUCUAUCUAUCUAUCUAUCUAUCUAUCUAUCUAUCUAUCUAUCUAUCUAUCUAUCUAUUUCUUUCUUCUUUCUUUCUUUUUUCUAUCUUCUUUAUUUCUUUCUUUCUUUCUUUCUUUCUUUCUUUUCUUUCUUUCUUUCUUUCUUUCUUUCUUUCUAUCUAUCUAUCUAUCUAUUUCGGCUUCUUUCUUUCUUUCUAUUUCGGCUUCUUUCUUUCUAUCUUUCUUUCUAUCUAUCUAUCUAUCUAUCUAUCUAUCUAUCUAUUUCGGAUUCUUUCUUUCUUUCAUUCUUUCUUUCUUUCUUUCUUUCUUUCUUUCUUUCUUUCUUUCUUUCUUUCUUUCUAUUUCGGCUUCUUUCUUUCUUUCUAUCUGGGAUUAUAUCUGACUAUCUCUGUUUUUUCUUUUCAAUUUUCUAUCUUUCUUUCUAUUUCGGAUUCUAUCUAUCUAUCUAUCUAUCUAUCUAUCUAUCUAUCUAUCUAUCUAUCUAUCUAUCUAUUUCGGAUUCUUCUUUUUUUUUUCUAUUUCGGAUUCUUCUAUCUAUCUAUCUAUCUAUCUAUCUAUCUAUCUAUCUAUUUCUGUUUUUCUUUUAUGUUUUUUCAAUUUUCUAUCUUUCUUUCUAUUUUGGAUUCUUCUAUCUAUCUAUCUAUCUAUCUAUCUAUCUAUCUAUCUAUCUAUCUAUCUAUCUCAGUUUCAGUUUUUUUCAUUCUUUUUUUCCUUCUUCCUUUUCAGAUUUAAAAUUUUCUAUCUAUCUAUCUAUCUAUCUAUCUAUCUAUCUAUCUAUCUAUCUAUCUAUCUAUCCUAGUUUUUUAAGAAAUUCAAUUCAUAUCUAUCUAUCCAUUCCACGAGGAUUGAUUAUCUAUCUAUCUAUCUAUCUAUCUAUCUAUCUAUCUAUCUAUCUAUCUAUCUGCAAUCAACUUCCUGAUCUAUCUAUCUAUCUAUCUAUCUAUCUAUCUAUCUAUCUAUUAUUCUGUUCAUAUCUAUCUAUCUAUCUAUCUAUCUAUCUAUCUAUCUAUCUAUCUAUCUCAUAG